AUUCAUUCCUUCGCUCCCGUCUCUUCGAUCCUCCUCAAUUUCCACCGCUUCGAUCCCUGCCCCGCCUCUUCGAACCCUCCCCACAGCCGCCGCUUCGAUCCCUCCUCCGCCUCUUCAAUCCCUCCUCCGCCUCUUCGAUCUCUCUCUACGCUUCAUCAUCUGGCGAUUCCUCCGCCUUUUUCGUCAUUUCUUUUUUUUUUUUUCUCUCCGCCUUGCCCCCCGUCCCUCUCUUUCUCUCUCCCCCUCCGUUCCCGCCUCUCAUCUCUCUCCGAUCUCCCCGUCGAGAUCCGCGGCGCGAUCCACGGCGCGAUCUUCGCCAGGAUUCGCAGCGGGGGAAGAGGAAGGCGGUGUCGUUGAGGGGCUGGUGGUCGAGGGAGAGUGAUAUCUUCUUUUUCGAUCCUUUCUCCAACGGCGAGCGAUGGCGAUGGGAGGGAUCUUAGGGGCGAAGAUGAAGAGAACGAUGACAAUGAUGAGAACGUAGGGGAGGAAGAGGACACGUACUUGAGCGACGGUGUAGAAGAGGAAGACGACGACUCGACGUUAUCGUGUUCGUUUGUGCGAAUCCGAUCUCGUAUUAGAGGGAUUCUUGGCUGUAGCUAUGGCGACGAAUAAUGCUAAGGCAUCGAAUGCAAAAAAGAAGGAAGUGAAAAAAGAAACAAAGCUUGGUUUGACCUACAAGAAGGAUGAGAAUUUUGGAGAGUGGUAUUCAGAGGUUGUUGUUAGCAGCGAAAUGAUUGAGUACUAUGACAUCUCUGGUUGUUAUAUCCUGAGGCCAUGGACAAUGCCAAUCUGGGAAACAUUACAAACCAAGUCGAGGAGGCAUGUUCUUCAAGCACCCAAUGAAUCAAAAAAAAAGAAUAUCAAAUUUACAUGCUAUGAUCAUCCUGCUGUGUUGACGGUCGAAGCUCAGGCAAAUUAUGUUGGGCACUUCGGAGGUGCAUUGAGUAAAAAUCUUCUGUUGAAGGACAAGAAGAACAGAUUUUAUAUUGUUUCUGCUCUUGCAGGCACAAAAGUUGACUUAAAAAUACUAUCGCAAAGGCUUGGGUUGGGAUGCGAAUGGCUCCAGGCUCCAGAGGAAGCAUUGCAAGAAGUACUUCAGGGAUGGACCUACGGCUUGGAUGGAGUACUUCUCAAAGCUACUCGGAUAUCAGGAAUUAAACUCUUCAAUAAAAAUAUCUCUAAAAAAGGAGUAUGAUGACUUGAACUCUAAAACUCUUGAAGCAGAGAAAGAGGUAAAAUUGGUGCAGAUGAAAAUACAAGAUACUAAAGCUCACCUGUCAAAGCUUCAAAAAGAUAUGGAUGGAUAAGAAAAGCGUCGAAAGGAACACUGCAGCUGAGCUAAGCUACUGAAGAUUUUCAAAGGAACUGUGCUUGGACUGUAUGAAGACAACAGGUUUAAAUCUGACUCGAAAAAGACACAACUCAAAGCAGUGGAUAUUAUUGGCUUGGGUUCUGGACCAGAGUUGGACAAGAAACUCAAGUAUGCAAGUGAUGUUUGUA